AUGAAAAUUACCAUCUCUUCCCGCUCCGGAAAAUCAAAAUCUUUUCCUCUCACCGUUGACAUUCCUUCCGAUGCAACCGUUGAACAGCUGAAAGAAGUCCUACAUAAGAAAGUUAGGAAAUACUAUCCUACCCGCCAACGCCUGACCAUCGGACAACAACCAUUGCAAGAUGAAAAAAAGUUGAAAGAAUAUGAUAUCAAGGACGGGGACACCAUUUUGUUUAAGGAUUUAGGUCCUCAAAUAAGUUGGCGCAUGGUUUUCUUCGUGGAGUACAUAGGCCCUCUCAUCCUUCAUCCGAUAUUUUAUUACUUUAAAAAACAAAUUUACGGCGAAGAUUUUGAACAUGGUAGAAUACAAACAAUCGCGUAUUAUAUGAUCAUGGCGCAUUUUAUUAAACGCGAGGUCGAAACGCUAUUUAUUCACCGAUUCUCGCAUAGUACCAUGCCUGCAAGAAAUAUCUUCAAAAACUCGGCCCAUUACCACUUAUUAAGCGGUUUAAAUUUGGCCUACUGGCUGUACGGACCCUGGAAUGCCGUGGGAACCCCUGACGGAGAACGCGAAGAAUGGUUUAUUUGGACUUGCCUGGCAACUUUCGUGUAUGCACAAAUUUCAAAUUUUAGUACCCAUAUUACACUUCGCAACCUUCGCCCACCGGGAACAAAGAUUAGAAGAAUUCCACGCGGUUACGGUUUUGAAUUGGUUUCAUGUCCCAACUAUUUCUUUGAAAUCCUUGCAUGGAUUAGCAUUUGUGCCCUAACAAAAUCAUUGGCUGCCGUGCUUUUCAUUUCAGUGGGUUUCUAUCAAAUGUACCUUUGGGCGAUCAAGAAACAUAAAAACUACUAUAAAGAAUUUAAAGAUUACCCAAAGAACCGCAAAGCGAUUAUCCCGUUUUUGCUUUAG